UACGAACCCUGUGGUCCUUAGAGAGUCUGUCAGUGAGUUUUGCAGGUCGGUCUACGUGGUGAGGAGUGGGACUGUUCUGUCGUGCACCUAUCACCAUGGAUGAUUACCCGAUGUAUGGGUUGCUCGUGGGGUUCUCCCUUUGGGGGACCCUUUGGCGUUUCAUUUUCCCAUUGGGAUUCUGGAACACGUUUUCGUGUAGGGUAGAGACACGUACAAGGACGGGUACCUCGCCCUACACGGCCGAGCAGGAAGCAAAGGCCGCCGCCAUCCUCCAAGAGAGGAGAGAGAAGAAGGAGGCCAAGAAGAAGGCCUUGCUGGAGGCGCAAGCGGCAAAGUUGAAGAAGAUUGAGGAGGAGAUGGCUAGGGAGAAGGAGAGGCUGAAGAAAGAAGAAGAAGCGAAAUUAAAGGAAGUGGAAGAGGAAGAAGAAGAAGAAAUAGAAGAGGAGCCACUGGAGAGAGGAAGAAGAGGAAACAAAGGGGAGUCCAGUGAGACAAAGGAAGAUUUGAUGGAGAAGAAGAUUUCAGAGUGGGUUGCAGGACUGACCCUGGGAGAAGAUGAGGAGGCGUUAAUGUAUGUGUCCAGGGACGAGCAGGAGGCGGCCGUGCGAGAGUGGGAAGCUGAAGAAGACCCACUCAAGCGGCAAGUGCUAGAAGAUGAGAUGAGGAUGGAGUGGAAGUUCCGCCUCACUAGGGAGAGGAAGAGAAGAAUGGAGGCGGCAACAGAGGCGGCGAAAGAGUUGGAAGAGAUUAGGAAGCAGAGGGAUCAAAUGGCGGUCCAAGUAGAUUUACUGGGGAAAUUAGAGAUCCUGGCCAAGAACGUGGAACGCCUGGCAAAGGUCCAGGAGGAGCAACUUUUAUUUGGUAGAGGCCAGGACAUUGUCGUGCGUUCGAUACGGUCGGGACUUAGGGACUUUGCUCGGGAGUUGGCCAUGCAGGUGGGCUCGCAUGCGACAGCCUGCCUUGAGGGCACUGAGCGAUACUGUGCUGGUGCCAUUGAGGGCGCCAAGCUGACUGCCCCAAAGGAAGAAGAAGCAUGCCCCCGUAGGGAGCCGGUCAAAGUUAAGUUUCCUGAUUCCUACAGUGGAAAGAAGGAAGAGAACUUUGACGCUUGGGAGGCCAACGUUAAAACGUACGUGCACCUGCAGAAGGUGUCCCCCGACGAGCAGGUCCUAAUCGCCAUCCAUGCGUUAAAGGAAGAAGCCGCCAGUUUUGCACGCUCCUUAGUCCGCGCUACUAAUUGCAGCGACGAUGUGGUUGCAUACUCUGCCUUCACACCCCUCGCUGACUUUCUUAAGUUGUUGCGUGAACGAUUUGCAGAUGUCUCGCGCAGUGUCAGAGCCUCUGAUCGAUUGCAUACUAUCCACUCUCGUCAGUGGAGGAGUGCCAAGGCACUCAAGGGAGUAAUGGACGAGUUAGUGGCUGUUCCUGACCAUGGGGUCACAGAGACCCAACUGGUCAACCUCUUCUACCGGGCUAUGCCCGAGUCGUUGAGUGGGCACUGCUUUGAGAAGAGCCAGCAACCCACCAUAACCUACGACGCAUUGAGCAGGGAAGUGGUGGCGUUUGAAGCAAAUGCCAUGUCAGCAGUGCCACGUCAGCAACAGUGCCACGUCAGCAGUACCACGUCAGCAACAGUCCCCGCCACCAUGACGGUCUCAGUUCUGGGCAUGCCAAGCCAACUUGCCAAUGAGUCCAUUGCUGAGUACCGACAGCGGUUCGAAGCUCAGCUCGCACUGAUCGAGGUUGAGGAACAGCGUCAGGCGGCAGCUGAGGCUGCCCGCCUACAAGCUGAAGCGGCGGCAGCAGCUGAAAAGCAGAGGCUUCAGGCCGAAGCAGAAGCAGAUACCCAGGCACGCCACAAGGAGGCCCAUGAUCUGCUACAGCAGCAUGAAGCCGCCAGCAUCGAAAAGCUCAAGUUCUGGCAUUUUGAACCAUCCAAGCAGCACAAAGACGCGACACCGGAAGAGCAGCACAAGGAGUUUCUUGCCAAACUCGUGACCCGGUUGGUUUACACUUGUAACCACCUGCAGUCCGAGCUGGCAAAUCUCCGACGGGCGGUGCGGAACCACAAGGAUCUGCACGAGGAUGCUACACGGGCACUUGAUUCCCGUGUACAGGACUUGGAUCGAGUUGCACCAAGACCAGAUGUUGGCGAGUCCAGCAGUGCACCCUCUACCCGCCAAUUGGAGGAACGAGUUGACCACGUAGUCGCAAUGCUCGGCGACAUCAGCACCUUCGCUGCACCAGCCACCAUCAGCAAGCAGCUGGACACCUGGAAGACCGAGGUUCAGCAACUGCACCAGCUUCCCAACAAGGAUGGCAACACCAGUGUGCAGCACUACAAGAUGCCGACAUUCCGCAUCGAAAAGUUCGAUGAUUAUACGCAUCAAGACCCGGUCCCCUGGUGGGAGGGCUUUACGAUGGAACUUCGAAUUCUUUUCGUCCCCGAGCACUCGUACAUCGGCGCGUUGUUCCUCAACUCAAAGGGCGGAUGCCAGAUAUGGCUCAGCCACCUGGCAACCAUCCACGGCGUCCAGGUCGCCGAUCUACAUAAGAAGAUCUCUUGGGACGAGUUGACGAAGCUAUGGAAGAAGUGGUUCAUCAUGGACGACGCCCCAACGCUCGCCAUCAACCGCCUCUUCAGCAUGACUCAAGGCAACACACCAACGCGUGACUGGCUCACGGAAUGGCAAAAGAUCGUUGCAACGCCCGAUCUCGAGUUGCCAUUUUCGCAUCUACGCCGAGAGUUCUACAACCGGUCAUGUGCGGCCUUGAGCCUCGCACUUGGUGACCGCGAGCAAUACACGACCUUCACCGAAAUCAUCGACAAGGCAAGGGUGAUCAUCAAGACCAACAGGGCGGCUGCACACGAGAAGUCAACAUGGCAGCCAACCUAUGUGGAGAAUGGAAAAUUUGGUCCGCGUCCGCAGCAAGUCGCUGCAGUCCAACCGGACAACAUUGCGGAAGACCCGGCAGCCACCCAAGCAUCACGUGAGGGAGAUCAGGUGGCCGCUGUCCAGCCCGCUUUGAUCGAUUGCGGAGCUACUCGCAACUACAUGAGCCAAGACUUUAUGGUACGCGCUGGCCUUCGGCCACGCGUUCAGAGGAAGUCGCACCCUACGCAAGUCAUUUUGGCCGACGGUCAAACGCACAAGUCAAUCGACCGAUGCAUCGAUUCCGUCCCCGUGUACUUCGCCCCGCAUGCAAGCGAGGUUGUGUCCUUCAACAUUUUGGACACUCAAUUCGACAUGAUCUUGGGCAUGUCAUGGCUGCGAAGCGAGGAUCACCCGGUGAACUUCUACUGCCGCACCGUUCACAUUCGUGAUCAGAACGGAGUACUAGUCCCAUGCACGGUGCCUCCUCCUCAGACUUCAAUCAGCUGCCACGUGGUGUCCGCCGCAACCAUUCGAGCUUCCAUCAUCAGGGAUGACAUCGAGGAGAUGGAAGUGUGUUCUCUCCAUGCCCUCCCGCCCCAUGACAUUCCAUCGACGGACUCGUCACCGGACCCAUGCAUCACCGAGUUUCUCGACGCCUACGGCAACGUGUUCGAAGCCCCGCACGGAGUAGUACUGGAUCGGCCCAUCCGCCACGAGAUCAUCCUCGAGGCCGGUGCCGUACCUCCGCGUGGUUGCAUCUACCGCAUGAGCGAGGAAGAGUUAAGUGUGUUACGGGCACAACUCGACGACCUUCUCGAGAAAGGCUGGAUUCGGCCUAGCUCUUCGCCAUACGGUGCUCCCGUUCUCUUCGUCCGGAAGAAGAACAAAGAUUUGCAGUUGUGCAUCGAUUAUCGCAAGCUCAACGCGCAAACCGUCAAGAACGUCGGCCCUCUUCCGCGCAUCGACGACCUCCUUGAAUGGCUGGGCGGUGCCAAAUUCUUCUUCAAGCUUGACCUCAAAUCGGGAUAUCACCAACUCGAGAUCCGGUAGGAGGACCGCUACAAGAUCGAGUUUAAGACGCGA